CUGCAGUGAUGGGAUCUCGAGCGAGCGCUGAGAAAAUGAGUACCAUUCCCCUGUCUCGCUCUGAGGUGUUUGGCGAGCUGAGGAAGGAGCUGCUUGAGGAGUUCCAUCAGUCCGAUGUCCACGUCUUCAUCAUCAUGGGAGCAUCGGGGGAUCUGGCAAAGAAAAAGAUCUACCCAACUCUGUGGUGGCUGUUCAGAGACGGCCUCCUCCCCGAGCAGACGCAUUUUGUUGGCUUUGCUCGCUCUGACUUAACAGUUGACGCCAUCCGGACCUCGUGCAUGCCAUACCUGAAGGUGACGGAUACAGAAACGGAGCGGUUGUCGACCUUCUUCAGCAGAAACACGUAUAUCAGCGGGAAAUAUGCAGAUGAGGGUUCCUUCUCCAAACUCGAUAAACACAUCCAGUCUCUGCCCGGAGGAAUCGCCGCCAACCGUCUCUUCUACCUGGCACUGCCGCCAACGGUCUACCACGAUGUUACCAAGAACAUCAAGAACCACUGCAUGAGCACAAAGGGCUGGAACCGGGUGAUUGUGGAGAAGCCGUUUGGACAUGAUCUCCAGAGCUCCGAGGAGCUGACCGCUCACCUGUCGUCUCUCUUCACCGAGGACCAGAUCUACCGCAUAGACCAUUAUCUGGGGAAGGAAAUGGUGCAGAACCUCAUGGUUCUCAGGUUUGGGAACCGGAUCUUUGGACCAAUCUGGAACAGAGACAGCGUGGCCUGUGUUGUUCUCACCUUCAAAGAACCGUUUGGCACUCAGGGACGAGGAGGCUACUUUGAUGAUUUCGGUAUCAUCCGAGAUGUCAUGCAGAACCACCUGCUUCAGAUGCUCUGCCUGGUUGCCAUGGAGAAACCAGCUUCCACCAGCUCUGAUGACGUCAGGGAUGAAAAGGUGAAGGUGCUGAAGUGCAUCGCCCCAGUGACCAUGUCGGACGUGGUGUUGGGUCAGUACGCGGGGGAUCCAGAAGGGGAAGGAGAUGCCAAACUGGGUUAUCUAGAUGAUCCCACAGUACCCAAAGGAUCAACUCAGGCCACCUUCGCCACAGCUGUGCUUUAUGUGCACAAUGAACGCUGGGACGGUGUUCCUUUCAUCCUUCGAUGUGGCAAAGCUCUGAACGAGAGGAAAGCAGAGGUGCGGCUGCAGUUCACGGACGUCCCGGGAGAUAUUUUUGGAAACCAGUGUCGGAGGAACGAGCUGGUGGUGCGAGUGCAGCCCAACGAGGCCGUGUACGCCAAGAUGAUGAGCAAGAAACCUGGCGUCUACUUCAGCCCCGAGGAAACGGAGCUGGACCUCACCUACAAGAGCAGAUACAAGGACGUGAAGCUUCCAGAUGCGUAUGAGCGUCUCAUCCUGGACGUCUUCUGCGGGAGCCAGAUGCACUUCGUGAGAAGUGACGAACUAAGGGAAGCUUGGAGGAUCUUCACCCCCCUCCUUCAUCAGAUAGACAACGAGAAGCCACAGCCUAUUCCUUAUAAAUACGGGAGCCGUGGUCCAGCAGAAGCGGACGAGCUCGUACAGAGAGUCGGAUUUCGCUACGAAGGCACUUAUAGAUGGGUCAACCCUCACAGACUUUGAUUUGUGAUAAGACAAGAAAGGGACCGAAGUAGAGUAGGAGGAGUCCAGCAGCUCAAGUGAGCGAUGAUGUUGCAAUACUGGAGUGUCUUGGGGGAAGGAGGCAUUUCCACUAUGUGGAUCCAUCACGCAGCAAAGAGGAAGGCAACCUUACCAUUUAACAAAAAAAACAAAACAAAAAAAAUCUCAGGUAGAGCUUAAACAUUCAGAGGAAACGUUUGAAUCACUCGUGUCAACCUUGGGCUUACUAUCACAACAUUUGUGGUAGUAAUAUUUUGUCUUCAUACAUUCAAAACAACUUUUAAAGUCUUCAUUUAUGUAAAAGACCAAGUUAAUGACGGAGGAAUAGGAUAGAAAACUGAACAAGUGCUCUGUGAAAGCAGAGCAGCAACAAAACUACCAUCUGGUUUACGUUCAGGCAGCGGAAACCAAAGAGGUAACCGAGCCGAACAACAGGACCACGUGUCCACUCGCUGGCACUCUUUAUUACCUGUGAUUGUAUUACUAGAAUGCUUCUGCAGCAUUGGUUAGUAACGCUUAUAAGAGUUAUUUUUUUCCUCUUAUAAUUUCUUUUUGCCUGGGACCAAGACUUCUUGAGGAUAAAGACUGGAUUUUGAAAAGGUGAUGCAGGCAGUUUCUCUGAACAACUCAUUCUGCAAUAGUCUUAAAUGUCCUCCUGGACACUGGAAAACAAGAUAAUUAUUGUCUCUUAGCCUCUGAGCUUCAUUCCACUUUUGUUUACAUUUCUUUUUUUCCACAUAAGUUAUGACAUUGACUUGAUAUUUCGAAAUAUCCCCUUGGCAACGUCUAAAGUCUUACUAAAUGCUGCUGUCCGCUGCACACUCAUGUUACAUAGCUAUGCUUCCACCACUUGUAAUAAACUUUUGUUUCAUG